AUGGACCCAAUCAAAACAGAAGAAGAGAUCUAUGAUGUGCUCAUCAUCGGCGCAGGCCCAUGUGGUCUCGCCAUCUCAGCUCGUCUUCACGAACACACACCCGCAGCACUCUUCACAGACGAAGAACACCGUCGUUUCCACUGGAUCUCAAAGUACGGCAACAAGAUGCCCUUGAAGCAUGUCCGAAGUGGCAAGAUCACAGCUCCCAAGACACAAGCAAAACCACAGUACAAGAUGCUCGUGCUGGACGCUGACAGUGAUACGUGGAUGGGUCGCUGGAACAGACUCUUCAAGAUGUAUGACAUCUCCCAUCUUAGAAGUCCUAUGCUGUGGCAUGUUGAUCCACUUGAUCGGGAUGCACUUCUUGCUCAUGCGUAUGCGAAUGAGAGGGAGAAUGAGCUCAUCGAGAUUCGGAACUGUGUGGGUAAAGAAGUUAGUAAGCACGGAAGGAAGAAGAGUACUCAGAAGGCUUGUGGACGAAGGCAGGAAGCUCGUGUUGAUAUCAACGUGAGAGAACGCAACGACUAUUACAACCCCUCUACAGCUCUCUUCUGUGAUCACUGCGAAAAGGUGGCUGCUCGGUAUAGACUUGGCCCAGACAUCAUCCGCAAAGAAGCCCUGGAGCAUCUCGACUACAGUGAGGUCAAAGGGAUCUCUCUUGAUGGAGAGAAACUCUUCACUGUAACAUCCAACAAAGUCCGUCGCUAUGCUCGCACAGUCGUGUUGGCCGUCGGUCCUGCCAAUGUGGCCAAGAUCCCACACAUUCCCUCAAUGCCAGACACUGAGCUCCCUCAGACAUGUCACAGCAUGCACAUCACAGAAUUCCCAGACCCCUUAGUCAAGCAAAGAAUCGCUGCGCGUCGACAGACAAAUAUUCUCGUCGUGGGCGGCGGUCUUACGUCGGCACAGUUGACGGAUCUAGCCAUUCGCAAAGGUGUAACAAAAGUCUGGCACGUCAUGCGUGGACCGCUUCGCAUCAAGCAUUUUGACGUCUCGCUCGAAUGGAUGGGCAAGUUCAAAAACGCGAAGCAAGCACAGUUUUACUAUGCUGACUCCGAUGAUGAGCGCAUCGAAAUGAUCAAGGAGGCUAGAGGGGGAGGAAGUAUCACUCCUGUGUUCCACAAGCGUCUCAAGAAGCAUCUUGCGACAAAGAAACUCGAGCUCUUCACUGAAACGAAUCUCGUCGAUGCGUCAUUCGAUGCAGAAACCGGAACAUGGACAGUUCAGACGAAUCCACCUGUUGAGAUGCCAGCCAUGGACUACAUGUACUUUGCAACGGGUAUCCAAACCGACUUUUCGUCUCUGCCUUAUCUGCAGACCAUUCUGGAGAAGCAUCCCAUCGAGGGCAGAGGGGGUUUCCCUUGUAUCAACAACGAUCUCAUGUGGAAUGAUGAGGUUCCGCUGUUCAUGAUGGGUAGACUGGCAGCCCUACGUCUUGGUCCUGCAGCGCCUAACCUCGGAGGAGCACAGAUUGGUGCGGAAAGAGUUGCCUGGGCGAUAGAAGAUCGAAUUCCAAGACCGGGCGAGGAAGCGGUAGAGGAUCACAGGAAGGGCUACUUGUCAGGGCAUGGGAACAUGUAUAGUUCAUUAGCCUGUGAAUAG